GUGUUUCUUUAAUUUCAGCAGAAGCAUCUUCUUGGAAUGACACCAGCCUUAUCACACCAGGACUGAAGAAAGCUGAGAGAGGAGGAUAGUAUUAUAAUUAAGCACUCUCUGGUUCUCAUUGGGUGACUCAACCUCUUGCAUGUGCAAUAGGACAGUCAAUGAUGUGCACAGAGCAGAGACGAAGAGCUGAGCCGGCCAUCUGGACCGUAUAGCCAAAGCGCAUAGGCAAAGCAAUACAAACCUUUAUCACGUUUUGGGCAACCUAAUCCUGGAUCAGAGAGGAGACGAGAACUUUCUUCUUUUGCCAAAGCUCUUCGGAGGAUGGCUACGCUCUUCCGACACCUGUGGGUGUUGCUAUGGAAGAACUGGCUGAGUGUCAAAAGGCAGCCGCUUUGGUCUUUCACAUUAAUUUUUUUGCCUGUAUUUUCAUUCAUUCUUAUGGUUGUCAUUCGAAUCCAAUUUCCUCCAGAACCCCAAACAAACUGUUACCUGGCCCCUCGGAAUCUUCCCAGCACGGGUUUCUUGCCAUUUCUCCAAACUGUGCUCUGCAGUUCUGAUGCCACCUGCAAAGGGACCCCGUAUACCCCUGAAGAUCUUUUGCCCAAGUUGAAUAUUUCACUCCAAAGCAGAAGACAGAGGAGGUCUACGAUCCAAGCAGAGGAGAGCAACCCACCGUCCCAAAGUGCUGAUGUCCUCCGAAGUAGAAAUAGUCCGUUGCAGAUACUUGAUUCAACAUUCAGUCUGAAAGAUUUUACUGAAAAUAUUUCAUCAUCAACCAACUAUGACAGAAUAUACUUGCUUAACAAGAUUCUCACUUUAGCAGAGAAACAAGAGUCUUCUCAAACCAACCUGAAAGUUGCCAUCUGUGAGGUUCUCUCCGUGAAUGCGUCUCUGCAAGGCCUCCUUUCGGAAACUCUCGGAAUAAACAUCUAUCAGCCAUUCUGCCUCCAUAAUAUGUCUCUUCUGGAGUCAUUUUUCCAAGAACUCAGAACUCAUAUUUCAAAACUGCAGAAGCAUCCUUCUUUUCAGAUGGCUUUUGUCCAGGAAGUUGGGUCGUUUUUAUCCCUCAUCUCCCAAGUGCAGAAUGAAACGUCUAUAUGGAACCUCUUCCUGAUGACCCCAGAUAUCAUCCAUGGUUCUACCGUAGUCAGAGACAUGGUUGAUACUCUUCACGACAGGAAGAGGUUAUUUGCGAAGAGGAGUAACAGUCCCCAACCGAUUCUGAAUGUGACUAGCUGGCUGUCUACUUUGAACUGUUCAGAACAAGAUAAAAAUAAUUUGAUAGUAAAUUACAUUUGUGAACAACGCAUUUCCUCGGAAAAGAUUCUGAUUUUAUUUGCUAAAAUGAAAGAAGUUCUAAGGAACCUUUUAGCUCCUGAUUUUGCUGAUGAAGAUUUUAAGCCUGACUAUUUUUUAAAGAAUUUCCAAAGAAAUACAAACUCUCCGAAUAGCUUGAAGAAAAUGCCAUUAUUUGACUUCAAGGAAACUCAAAAUAUCCACAAUUUAAAUAGGAGCAUCAGGGACAUCUCAUUUUUAAAUAGUAUUUUUAAAGCCAGAAAGGCAUGGCAAAGUGUUAAAAUGAGUAAUGUCCUCAAAUUAUCUUUCCUGCCUGAAAAAUAUAGAAAAUACUUGACCUCAGUGGAAGAAGUGCCAUCAUUGUUAGUAAACUUUCUGCUUAAACCAGCAACAACUGAAAAUUUUCCUGAGAACCUCCUGGUACUUGAGAAAAUCUUUAGUAUCGUAACAAAUAGCAGGACAAACCGUAACUACCUUUUGAUCUCUUCUCUGACCAACCUGAUGCAGAAAAUCCAAAAUUCCAUCAAUGAAUCUCAGUGGAAUGAAUUCAACACUUAUUGGCAUAUUGCUGAAAAAUUGAGGUCUGCAAAAUGGAGUGAUACAGACAUCCUUAUCUACAAACAGAUUUUAGAUAUAUUACAUGACAAUCUCUACGCCAAUCAUGAUAACUUUGGACUUCCUUUGAAUAUAGAACUUGAGCAAAUGAUUAAAUUUGUAAACCAUUUAUUGAAAAAGCAUGAUGCAGGGAGCAUCAAGGCCGCAAAUGUUUCAAUGGCUUUAAAUGCUGUUCUUAAAAGUUUACAAGUGCUCGAGGACCUGGAGAAAAAAUACGUCAUUGUUAAUCCGCUAAUGAAUACCAACAAUGAAACUGUACGGAAAUUAUUUCAAAUAAUCAAGAAGGAUAUAGAGAUACUUUCUGAUCUCAGUCAGAAAAAAACAUUUAAUAUUAACAAAACUGAUACCCUCCUCAGAUUUUCACAAGCAUUUUCACCUUUGCUGGAUUUAUAUAUGACUCCAGUGUGGCAUAAUUCUCCGAUACAAGCAAAAAUAUUGCAACUCUUGUAUUUAGCACCAAGCCUUCUUCAAAUCGGAAACAUUCAGGCUGACAACAGAUUCUCAGACUGCACUGUCAAAGAUCUCCAUCUCAUUGCAAUUGAAGUGUUUUUCAAUAAUGCCACACUAAAGGAAGCCUUAAGAGAAAGAAAAUGUGAUUUUCUCUUAUCUUCUCUGGAUUUUGAAAACCAAACAACCUAUGACUAUAUAUUUACCCAAUUGCUUCACCUGACAACAGAGAGUCUCAAACCGGCAUCACUUUUUGAAAUAAUCCAGGGAAACAAAAGUAAACACUGCUCAGGUGAAUGUGUGUGUCUCAUCAAAUUAUUAGAAGUUUCAUCCAGUUUUCUGUCCAAAUUAAUUGGGAUCCGUAAAAAUCAGAAUUCCUGGCUAGACAAGAUUGAUAAAAAUCUAAGUGCCUUGUCUCUUGAUCUGUCUCAACAAUGUGACAAAUACAAAGCAGUAUAUUCAACUGCUAGAAAUGUCCAGAAAAGCACUAAUUCUUGUUGGCAUUGGAUUAGCCAACAAGGAAAAGAACCCAUACAAACUCCUUGA